CGGUCGGCGUCAUGUGAUGCCAGCCGGCGGCAGGUGACCUCAGCAGGUGGGAUGGCGGCAGAUUUGACUCCCAGGUUUCGGAGGAUCCGCAGUGUGGGAGAUCUCAGAGCUCGUAGGAGAGGCUACAAAGGGCCCUUCCGGGCAACACACUUGUGGAACAGUAUUAUCCAGACACUGAAAACUCAAGUAGAAGUGAAGAACAGACGGCAACACCUGCGAACAUACCCCAGCUGCUUCACAGGCUCGGAUGCUGUGGACGUUGUCCUUUGCCAUCUGAUGCAGAAUAUGUAUUUAAGCAGCUAUGAUAUUUCACGUACUAAAGGGGUGCAGCUGUGCCAGGCCCUCAUGGACCACAAAGUCUUCGACCCUGUUGGCUCAAAGCUUUUUAAGAUUGAAGCUGAACUUGUCUUUGAGGAUAGUAAUAGCCAUUUCUAUAGGUUUUUAGAACCUAGACGAGGUCCUCCUGAAUGUUCCCCAAGUGAGCAGAUCUUUGGUAAAGAGAAGAGGCGCUCAAGGACUGGCCACGUUGUAACAAUCUGUAAUCCAUCAGCUCUGGACACUGCAAAUGAGAAGUUAAACCACCUCCUUCACUGUAUCUGUGACUUUCCUAAUGCACAUCUAAGCCAAGACCCUAGUAAGCCGUCCAGCGCCCUCUCUCCUAAAGAUGUGGACAAUGUGUGGAAACAGCAGGUGAUGGUGCGGCUUCUCCAGCUAGUUCACAUUCCUGUCUUGGAGGGUAUCCUGGACCCCCCAGUUAAGGCAGAUUACAAGAAGCAUUUUGCUGAUUUCAUUGUUUCCAACACAUUUCUGGACAGAGAAAUUCUACAAACGCUAAACCUGCCCAAGUUGGAUGGCUGGCUGGCUGCUGCAGUUGAGUGUCUGGAGUAUUUUCCUGAUGAACAGAUUGUGAUGCUGAGCCAGCAGUUAUCGCAGACUCAUGGAAAUGGUGAAAAUCUGGACUUGUGCAAGAAGAUGCUUUUUGACGUUAUUACUAAAUAUUACUCCCAGGAAAGAGAUCCAUUUUUGGAUUGUAGGAUGGUUCAUAUUCUUUUGGGAAUUGUUGAACUUCUAGAAAAUGAAAAGCAAAGCCAAGCUCUGGAAGCUGUCCAGCUUUUUCUAAGAUUGCUCUUGCCACAAGCAAGAGAGGAGUUCCGUCGCUUAAUCACUUUCAUGGCAGCAGCCUCUCAAACUGAUGCCUACCGUCUCCAGAAGCAGUUUGAUAACAAACCGAUGGUGGUGAAAACAUUCACAAAAGUCAUUGUUCACAACCCCACAGUAUCAAGAGGACAAAGUGAACAAUUUACUGCAUUUCUAUUGGAUUAUUCAAGUGACCUCUUCAAGACACCCAUGGAGCUACUUGAUCUUGUUAGUACAAAGUUAAGGAGCUUGCAGAGUGGAGGAGACCCAGAUGACUUUUCAGGCUUUACAUUUUGCCAACGGUUAACCAUCAAAGAAUAUGAAGCACAGAGGUAUAAUUGCACAAGAAGUGAAAUACAGCGGUUAAUAAAGCUGGUGGACUUGAGUUCUAUUCCUGAAAAGAAAAAGAAGAAAUUAAUGAAAGAUGUCCAGAAGUAUCACCCUUCGACCUUCAGCGACUAAGUAUCCUCAUGUGUUCUGCUUUGAUCAAAUGGUCUUUUGCACUAUCGGCAGGUGGGAAUGUGCCCACUCCUGUGGUUAGGGUUCCUCAGACUGCAUAAACGGAAUGUGGAUGUGACGUAUUCAGAAGUGUUUGCCAUGUUUCUGAUAUGCAUCUUUCUUCUGAAUUAUUGCAAUACAUGAUCAAUACCUUUUCCUGUGGGCACUUCCCCAGUCAUUACUAUUAUUUUCAGAU